AUGGCUCAGUGUUGCCUCUCUUUGCUUCCCAUACCCUAUCCAUAUCCCCACCCAACCAAUUUCAGCCCCAAAUUGCACAUCUCAAACUCAGUUUCUUUCCCCAAGUUCAAUGUCAAAUUCGCUGCCGGCAGCUCAACCGGUGCCGGUCCGGUGGACGGAGGAAACGGAGGAAGAAACGGCGGCAACGGUGGUCCCGGCGGAGGAGGCCACCGCUCGGGCGACGAUGAACCGGAGCCCCAGGCCCCCGGUUUCGGAAUUUUCGGGCCUCUCGUGAGCGGGUGGCGUUUGAGGGUCCGCGCGGACCCACAGUUCCCGUUCAAGGUCCUGAUGGAGGAAUUAGUCGGGGUCAGCGCCUGCGUGCUCGGCGACAUGGCUUCCCGGCCCAACUUCGGGCUCGACGAGCUCGACUUCGUCUUCUCGACCCUUGUCGUGGGCUCCAUCCUCAACUUCGCCCUCAUGUACAUCCUGGCCCCAACCCCAUCAGGCCCGGCCCAAACCCUCCCAUCCAUCUUCUCGGGCUCUCCCCCAAGCCACAUGUUCGAGCCCGGCCCGUACAGCUUCCCAGCCCGGCUUGGCACUUUCGUCUACAAGGGCCUCGUUUUUGGGGCGGUCGGGCUUGCAGCUGGGCUUUUGGGGACCGCCAUUUCCAAUGGGCUGAUUGCGGCGAGGAGGCGGGUCGACCCGGGUUUCGAGCCGCCGAACAAGCCCCCACCGACUGUCCUAAAUGCCGCCACAUGGGCAUUGCAAUUGGGUUUGAGUAGCAAUUUGAGGUACCAGGGAAUGAAUGGGAUCGAGUAUUUGCUGGCUAAGGGACUGCCGCCUGUCGUCUUUAAGACAUCGGUUCUGGUGUUGAGGUGCUUGAAUAAUGUUGUUGGGGGAAUGUCGUUCGUGGCCCUAGCUAGGUUGACGGGCUCGCAAACUGUUGAGGUAGGUAAGGUAAACAAUGGGAAACGGGCCGAGUGA